AUGCCUAAACGUAAAAAUAAAGACAGUGACGAUUAUAUUAUGAGAAAAAUAAGAAAGUUAGAAAAAAAAGUGAGAAAACGCUCCCAAAAACGAUUGAUGAGUUCAUCUCCAAAUAGUUCCGAUGCAGGAUUGUCAUUACAAGAAGUUCAUCUCCAGUUUGAAGAUCCAAACCUACAGGACUAUGUCCUCCAAACUAUAGUCGGUAACUUCGUCAGGGGGAACUUCACGCCGACUUCAUUCGAAGACCGACCGUGCCGCGACGAUCAACCCUACUUCGUCCGUCGCUCGGAGCGAUCUAAAAGUUACCGGUUCGACGAUAAGUUAAGGACACGCAAAAGUGAGAGGGGUUAUUAUUUCCGGCCUCGGUAUAGGCUGGGGAGGGGGGCGCGAUCAGUGUUCAAAUUGAAGAGUAGAUAUAGGAGGAGGUUCCUCCCGGCUAGGGUUGUGAGCGGGCCUUUGGGCGACAGGAACAAUUUGGUGCUCCAAUGGUCGCUGACUGAUGCUGUUCACGUAGAUGGGGUGACUACUGUCAUAUUUAGGUGAGUUUUGUGCUUUAUUUAUAGCUAUUUAGAGUUUAUAUUGGCAGAAUCAAUCCGAUUAAUGUUUCUUUCAUCGACUGCCGAUAGUUCAUUUGUCUUAUGUUUAGCAAAUUUAUACUUGUACUGAAAGCACAUAGUAGACGGUGAAGAUGUUAUAAUAUUACAUCUUAUUAUAAAAUAUAUCUCGCCAUACUAUCCAAUAGCCCAACACACGGCUAAGAUAAUAAGAUAUUGGGUUGGCACAAAAGUAAUGAGACACACUAGAAAAAUCUAUAACAUUUCCUUUUUAAAAUCAUUUUUUUCGAUAAUAUUCUAGAAUGUUGUAGAACAUUCUAGGUACUUCUGGUGUAGGGUAUAUAAAGCCGUGCUCGCGAUUUGUUUAGUCAGUUCGAAGAAAAAUGGACG